UUUUAAAUUAUUCCAAUUUCCUCCCGUGCCAAAUUGUCUAUAAUAAAUUGCCAAGUUGUCAAGCAAAUCCUUUUGGCCUGAAUGUUUUCGACGCUUUUCUUUCCCGGUCAAGCAUUAGACGAUGAUCGGUUCAAGGCCUGUCAGUGCUGGCGUCCCGACGUCCCAAAAUGCACAACGGUGAAUUUAGAGAAGAAGAGCGAUUACUUUGAAGAUGAUAUCGAAGACAUCGCCAAUAGCCUGAUCAAGGUGAUGAUCCUAUGCCGACUGCUUCCCUGGCAGGCGCGUCGCACCAAGGAGCCAAUCAAACGCAGCUUCCGCCAAUACGAGGAGUUCCGCUACAGAGUGGAUCGGGUGCCGCACAAACGCUUCGGCAAGGAGAACUUUCUGCACGAUCUGGUCAGCGAUGCCGGCAUGAAUCGCAUGGACAGCCAGCUGGCCUACGGCAUCACAAAGCGCGCCUUCCGUGCUUACUACCAUGGCACUGGGGAGGGCGGCAAGAAGCUGAAGUCCCUGGAGUCCCAGCUACGCCACCGCUCUGAGUGCCUUUGGCUGCAUGCGUCGAAGCGUACGGCGGAGAUUUUCGCAGUUUACGCGGGCCUCAUGUACUGGGAGCAGAAGCAGUAUGAGGAGUGCAUCGAGUGCAUCUACAAGGCGCUCUACGAUGAGCUGCAAACGCGCAUAAUCUACGAGGACCCCGAGGAGCGGGGCUGCACCUGUCUGCCAGCUGCCUCGCAGACCAAGAUCGCAUAUAAGUUCUGGGACACGAUCUCGGUCAAUACGAUCGGAAGCAUGAAGAGCAAUAAGACGAUAGAACUGUUUUUCAACAAGGAGGUCAAGAGCGUCAGCAAAUUAAACUCGCCCAUCUCUCUGCACAUGGAGUACACGAUGAUCUCCUUGGAGCAAAUGAUCAGCAAACUAGAGCAGGGGUCCAACAAAGGGUUCACUAGCUCCAAGACGUCUGAAAAAUCCGUUCCCAACAGGCGACCUCGGAGGAAGAAGAGGAAGGAUACGAAAUGCGCUUGCCACAAGCUGCAGUGCCUCCAGGAUCGUCGGGCGCCUGUAAUAACUGCCGAGAGCAGUCAGGGGCCGUACAUUUGCCGCUGGAUACCCUACAAAGAGGAGGACGAGGAGCUGCCCCAUCACCAUGUGCCCUGCCCGGAAUUGGUUUGCCCGCCCUGCGAAAGCGAGGAGUCCUGCGACGACGAAUGCAUCUGUACGUGCCAAAUUUGCUCUUGUCCUCCGGCGUAUGGUGAUGACAUGGAGGAGGCGCAUGGCGAGAAGCUAUCGAAAAGUGGCCUGGAGGAUUACGAUACGGAUUACUGCUACCUGGCGCCGUUCCGCGACGGGCCCAGGGUUGAGGAGGAGCAAGCGUCCUUAGAGGAGGAGGAGGAAGAGGAUCCCAACGCGUGCGUGUGCAUGUGCGAAUACAAGCGACGCGGCUGGCCGCAUCUCUUCACCUAUCUGGCGCCUUUCAAGGACGUAAAACCCUUGCCGGAGCCAGAGCCGACUGUGGAGCCGGAAAAGCCCAAAAUACCGCCUCCGGGUAUUUCAAUAGACGCCUAUCGCUGCUGGAACGAUCCCGUUGAACCCAACUCCAUGCCAACUUCCCAGCCAAACAGUCCCUACAUCACGCUGCUCAGCGCCUCAAAGCAGCCUCCCUUCAACCUUGAGGUGACUGUGAAGACGCAGCACUACCCGAAGGCCACCGGCAAGCCGCCCACGGGUGCGGCCAGAUCCUCGCUCACUAUCAAGAGGAACACAGUCGCCCUCGAAAACCUAAAUGCAGACAUGAAGGCCGCGCAAAAUGUGAAGCCCCAACAGCAAGCUGGCAAGGCGGCGGGCCCAGCGCGCCAACCAGCCAAGCCCCAGCCCAAUUCGGUGCCUCCCAAAGCGUCAGCACCCGCGGCUUCCACAGCUACAGCACCGGCCAAUGCUGAAGACGACAAGCUCACGGAGGAGGAUAUUUUGGCCAUGUUUGGCUUGAAUAAGUAGCAUUGUCCUUUGAUUGAUUUAGAGAUUCGCCUUCGUCCUGUCACGAGUCCUGCAUC